AUGUUUGCUUGUAACAUCCAUCUACAGUUGAAAGUAUCAAUGUGGAAAAUUAGUAGAGGGCUUUUCAUAUCUAUCUAUUUUAGUCUUUUCAUAUCUAUUUUAGUUUUUUCAUAUCUAUCUAUUAAUGUAUUUUAUUCUUUUCAUAUCUAUCUAUUUUACAUUUUCAUAUCUAUCUAUCAAUCUGUUUUAGUCUUUUCAUAUCUCUCUAUCUAUCUAUCUAUCUUAGUUUUUUCAUAUUUAUCUAUCUAUUUCAGUCCUUUCAUAGCUAUCUAUUUCAGUUUUUUCCUAUCUCUCUAUCACAAUCUGUUUCUAUCUAUCUAUCUAUUUCAGUCCUUUCAUAGCUAUCUAUUUCAGUUUUUUCCUAUCUCUCUAUCACAAUCUGUAUCUAUCUAUCUAUCUAUCUAUCUAUCUAUCUAUCUAUUUCAGUCCUUUCAUAGCUAUCUAUUUCAGUUUUUUCCUAUCUCUCUAUCACAAUCUGUUUCUAUCUAUCUAUCUAUCUAUCUAUCUAUCUCUUAUAAGUUUCUUUAUAUCCAUCUGUCCAUCCUAGGACGAUAUUUUAAGGGAUGGGUUACCAAUUGCCACUCAAAUGUAGAGAAGCUGGAGGAGGGGUUGCGCUUCAUACUUUUCUUUUCAUCAUGCUUUAAUGAAGAAGAUCAUAUCUAUCAGUUGUGGUCUUCUAUCUAUCUAUCUAUGUCUGUUCAUAUCUAUACGUUCGAAGACCUGAAUCAAAUCACAGAUGAAAGUGUUUAUGACAGCAAAGUGGCUGAGUAUAAUGGGAAAGUUGAUGAACUUCGUGAUAUACAGCUCACGUAUGAAAUGCAGUUGGUUGAUCAACUGGAGGAUGUUGUGAAAGAUUUUGAACGUAACCUACAAGACAUGGUGGGUACAUUUAUUGAAGGAGUUCAGUCUCUUUUGUCCCAUUGCCGAGAUCUGGAAAACCAGCACCAUGAAAAAAUCAUGGAAAUUGCCCUUAUUAACCUGGAGAAAUCAAACAAAAAUGAAUUAGAUGAUGAUAUAUCUGAUGACCUACGUAAUUUAUUGGUCGAUAAAGAUACGGUGUUAAGUGCGGUGACAUCGUCGCAUGAAGUCCAUUUGCAGAAGAUCGAUAAUCGGGAAGACCAAAUUGUCAGUCGUAUCCGCCAGUGGUUGAAGGGACUCAUCAAAAACAUUCAUGAUGAGGAAGAAGUACAGCGAAACCGACACAGAGUCAUUGAAAUAAAUAACUUGAUAGAUCACUUUCGCGAUCAGAUAGAAAACCUUGACACCAUACCCGUAACAUGA